AGAGCGGAUAAGAUAUAUUUUCAUUGAGCUCUGCUGUCUAAGAACACUAGCAAUAUCGUCAUGCGUUGUUAUCAAGUUACAAUGGGUCCGUGCCGUGCGGACUUUGAUUUGGAGGAUUUGGACUUACACCGCUUACACCUCAACUUUACUUCAAGUUGCUUGGUCGAUUUUUAAUGAAGGGUGGUUGGUUGCCGAUAUGAAUUGAAUUGCUGACGAAUUCAAAGCUUGGUUGUUUUGAUUUGAUAUCUUAUGUCACUAUGCAAAUGCUCGGCUCUGGCACAGGCUCCAGAGCUGCUGUUUGGUCCUGAGUCUGACAAUGCUGUUGAGAGCUGCUGAGCUACCGCUCGGUCUGUGCGGCAGCCACGACCACCCGGUCCGCCCCGCGGAGGACGACCGCGUCACGCGGAGCUCGUGCCGCACCGGGAAACAAUGCCGGACGGCAGGCAUAAAGUGCAAUAGUUUCCUGCAGCUAACAAGAUGGCUGGCAAGCAAAAGCUCUGCGCAGACAUAAGUCGCAGAAAUCCUCAGGAAGAUUACGAAGUGAUUCAGCGGAUUGGAAGUGGAACAUAUGGCGAUGUAUACAAGGCCACUCGACUGUCCACCGGAGAACUGGCAGCCAUCAAAGUCAUCAAACUUCAGCCAACGGACGACUUUGGUAUCAUCCAGCAGGAGAUUGUGAUGAUGAAGGACUGCCGGCACGCCAACAUCGUGGCCUACUUCGGCUCGUACCUGCGGAAGGACCGGCUGUGGAUCUGCAUGGAGUUCUGUGGCGGCGGCUCACUGCAGGACAUCUACCACGUGACGGGCCCGCUGAGCGAGCAUCAGAUAGCCUACGUCUGCAAGCAGACCCUGCACGGCCUGUCCUACCUGCACAGCCUGAGCAAGAUGCACAGAGACAUCAAGGGCGCCAACAUCCUGCUGACGGAGGCCGGGGACGUGAAGCUGGCCGACUUCGGCGUCUCGGCGCAGAUCACCGCCACGCUGGGCAAGCGGCAGUCCUUCAUCGGCACGCCGUACUGGAUGGCGCCCGAGGUGGCAGCCGUGGAGCGGAAGGGCGGCUACAACCAGCAGUGCGACGUCUGGGCGGUGGGCAUCACGGCCAUCGAGCUGGCCGAGCUGCAGCCGCCCAUGUUCGACCUGCACCCCAUGCGCGCCCUCUUCCUCAUGUCCAAGUCGGGCUUCAAGCCGCCGCAGCUGCGCGAGCGCUCGCGCUGGUCGUCCGCCAUGCACUCCUUUGUGAAGGUGGCGCUCACUAAGAACCCCAAGAAGCGGCCGACGGCUGACCGGCUGCUGGAG